UUCUCACUAAUAACUCCCAGUAUUCUUUUUCAAUGAGCAGCCAAGUUACGAACGAAACUGCUAAUAUAAAGGGCUGCGGAAUUUUAUUACAACAUCCAUUUUAUUGGACUCCCAUACCUCUCUCUCUCUCUCUCUCUCUCUGGGUGUUCUUUGUUUCACUUUCUCAGUGACUAAAUGCAGUUUCAUCAUAUUCCGUGCAGUGUAAAAGCAACUUAUAGGCCUCCAGAUAUGGAUGUCUCUGGAGGUCAAAGUUUGUAUCCUUUACACCGUUGCAAAACUGUACACCUGGUGAGGCAUGCUCAGGGGGUUCACAAUGUGGAAGGAGAAAAGGACCAUAGCGCCUACCGAUCUCCACACCUUUUCGAUGCACACCUUACUCCUCUUGGUUGGCAACAGGUAGACAAUCUACGAAAACAUGUUCACGCAUCAGGAAUUUUUAAGAAGGUGGAAUUAGUUAUCACUUCUCCUCUAUUGAGGUGUAUGCAAACAGCAGUUGGAGUUUUUGGUGGAGAAGGUUACACAGAUGGAAUAGACGUUCCCCCACUCAUGGUGACGGAUGCAGGAGAAAGUAACCAUCCAGCAAUUUCAAGUUUAAAUUGCCCUCCCUUCAUUGCAGUGGAGGGUUGUCGUGAACACUUGGGAGUUCAUUGGUGUGAUAAGAGGAGAAGCAUUAGCGAAUACAAACCUCUAUUUCCUGCAAUUGAUUUUUCCCUGAUUGAAUCUGAUGAUGAUGUUCUCUGGAAGCCUGAUGUUAGAGAGUUAAAUAAAGACGUUGUUUCCAGAGGAAUGGAGUUCUUCAAGUGGUUGUGGACACGGAAGGAGAAGGAGAUUGCAAUUGUUACACAUAGUGGAUUCUUGACUCAUACCCUUGGUGUAUUUGGUAAUGAUUGUCAUCCAGAUGUGCAAAGAGAGAUACGUAAACGAUAUCAGAACUGUGAACUUCGGUCUAUGGUUAUUGUCGACAGAAGCAUGAUAGAGUCGGAUUCUUCAGUAACUGAUUAUCCAGGAAAAAUUCCAAGUGGAGAAGAUGCACCAAGUGACGAUACAUGUAGUGAUCGAUCAGACGAAUUGCCAAACUGAUGAUAUUCCAGGCAGUGGCAAUAAAAAAUGAUUCGAGUUUGGAUUGCUUUUACGAUUCUUUUAAAGUAAUGUAUUACAGUAUUAGAUCAUCUCAUUUGGAGCACUUUGUGGCUGACCAUGAAUUUGUCAGAUUCUUGAGAAAGUAGACAGGCAAAUUAGUUGUCUGAACGUACAAGCAAGUGCUUUGAUGCCUUACGAAUUAUCUGUUGUAGAAUCACAUUUCAUACACACACUAUAAUUUGUAUUGUUAUUUUUCACUUGAUAAAAUACUGGGGGUAUGCAUACAUCCUGCCCUCCCCACAUCUUGCUUGUGGGAUUACACUGGGUA